AGCCCUGUGCUCAGUCAAUUCUCCCUGAAUAAACAAUGAUGAUGAUGAUGAUGAUGAUGUUUGAGACGGGUCUGUGCACUGCACACUCCAUAGCCUUCAUUCCCAACAGUAGCUGACCCUGGUCCUGAAAUAACUUAACUGCUCAGGAGUGGCUGUGAACACUUUAUACAUUUCUUUGUGUAUUUCCUUCAACCAACCUUACGCAGUGUAAUUUCAGGAAUAUUGUUUAUAAGACUCUAAUGUAAAAUCAAUUCCGUCUUUCCAACAGCCACAGGAAGUGGGGCACUUGUUGCCAUGACGACGCGUUAAUAGGCUUUUGUUUACAGUGGUAACCAAAUCUUGAAAUGUGUAUCUAGCAAGCUAGCAGGAGUUUCAUGAAGUUAUAUAGUUAGUUGUAACUUUACUUGAUGUUUUACGUAUCGUAAAUUUAAUUUUUUCCCCUUAGAGUGUUCUUUUAUUUUCGUUAAAUUGCCUGAGUGUUUAAAAUGGAUUCUACCAGUCUGUUUUACGCUUUAGAUUUAGUCUCUGGCGCAGGUUUAACCCUGAGCAGUGAGCAGAAAGCAGCCCUGAAGACCUCACUGAUCAUCCUGCAGAAAAACUACAAGUUUCAACGUGUUCUGUUUUGGGGAAAGAUACUUGGUAUAACAGGAGAUUAUUUUAUCGCUCAGGGCGUAACAGACGAUGAGAUGAGAGAUAAGAAGACAUUAUACAGUUUGAAUUGCAUGGACUGGAACCUGCUGCCACCACCCACGGACGAGAUGACCGCAUACGUCAACAUUGCAGCAAUUGGGCGCUUCAUAGGAGACCCCUCACACGAGUACGAGUAUACGGAGACCCGGCGAUUUGGGGAGGGAGACGAGGCGCAGGAGGAGGAUAUUAUGAUAAAGGUUACUGAAGAAAAGCGUUUGGCCACUACUGUGGCUAGAAUUGAUCAAGAGGUGUCUGUUGUGCCACGGGGUGCUUACAUCAAGAAUCCCCACGGGACCGUGCAGAAAAACCGCAGCUUUGAGGGUCUGUCCUUUGGUGAAGCUGGCAAGCUGAGUAACUACCUGCACUUCAGUGAGCCCAAGCAACCCAGGAAGCUGUCCAUCCUGGUGACAGCAGAGUCUGACCCCUGCAAAGACUUCCUGGACCGUCUGAGCGAAGACCUACCUAAAGGGUCGUGGAGUAUCCAGUUUGAGCGUGGCAGCAGUGUGUGUGUUCUGCGUUCUCUCCUCUGGUUGGGUUUGAGUUUCUUCCACAUCCCUGAAACUCCACAGCAUGGAUACAUCUACAUGGGACCCGGCCUUAAGAACCUGGACCUGCCUUUUAUGCUGUAAACACACACACUCAACUUCUGUACACACGCAAACUAAUCACAGGAGAUGUGAGUCACAUUUACAGCCCCCCCCCACACACACACACACACACCUGGAAGUUCAUUUUUCAUGACUGAUUUUAUUUACACAAUAAAUGUUAUGUAACAAUAACUGCUCA